AAGCUUAGCCGCCUUGGCUUUUAGUCAUGAAAUAGUAUUAGGAAAGGUUGAUACUCCUUUACUUGAUUUAGACCCUAACAAGAAAGAUAAGGAGGGCAAUUAUAAAAUUAAGCAAGAGUGA